GUAGCGGUAUAGAUCUUUUGAAGUAUAUGCUUAAUCUGCAACCCCAUCAAUUCUGAAAUUCCCAAUUUGCCCAACUCUCCCUUUCACAUCACUACCCUCACCUCCAUCACUCCAUGUUCUUUAUCACUGCUACUCGGUCACAAGGCAACUUGAAGGUCCGAAUCAGCCACCACAUAUUGCCUAUAGAAUAACACGUCCUGGCAUCCAAAUUGCUGUUGCUAGUCCCUCAACUUCACUUUCUUGGUUUGCACCAUCGUCUGUGCUCCUGAAUUUGCCAAGUCUCGCAGAUCAUUAAUAAUAGAACCAUUAUCAUCUUCAGUAGGCUUCACCACACAAGGGACCCCAACAGAACCUGCAUUUCUCACUCUUCUCAUUUCUUCCCACUCUGUUUUUUUUUUUUUUUUUCCGUUAUCCCCAUUUUCCAAAUCUAAAUCCUAGAAGGCUAAAACCAUAGCCCCAAACCAACAAUUGCAAGGCCCAAUCCAUCUACCAACAGCAACGAGGAAGGCGAUUGCUGUUGUGUCGGCCAAGCAAGAAGGUCGAACAGCGACGGCGAGACGACGUGACGUGAGCAGCAGAGAGGUGGGCGAGUGACUGCAAUAGAAGAUUAGAUAGAGGCGGAGCGACUGAGAUAGAUAAUCGACGGAGGCGGAGUUAAUACUGAAGAAUGGCAAAGCAACCCCAGUCCUUUUUCCUUGAAGAAUGGUUGCGAAGCAUUAUUGUCAUUGGCAGCAACAAGAGUGGUUCGGUGCACUCUUCUUCUUCAUCUGCUCAAGCAAUAAUCCAGGCUUGGGCUGAUCUUAGAGAUUCUUUUCAGCAUCAGGCCUUUCAUACUCAUCACCUCGAAGCUUUGAGAGUCCUUGUCAGUUCUCAAGCUAACCUGUAUGUCGCAGAUCCACAAGCAAAGCUUAUAUUUUCUAUUUUAUCUUCUCAAAGUCUAUUUCUCCCACAAGAAUCUUAUCCCUUAUUCCUUAGACUUCUAUAUAUUUGGGUGAGGAAGGCGAGGCAAACUUCUCUGGUUGAUUCUGCAAUCGAGAUCUUGUUGCCCCUUUUCUCUCAGCAAUCUCAGGCCGACAAAAACUCUCUUUUCUUCUCUGAAGGGAUUCUUCUGCUGGGUGCCCUUUCUAUCCAAACUUCUGCAUCUGAGAAAUCUAAAAGGCUUUGCUUGGAGUUGCUUUGUAAGUUACUGGAAGAAGGACAUAGAGUUAUUUUCUUGUCUGAUGAGCUAGCUUCCAGUGCUCUAGCAGGUGCUGGUUAUGCUCUCUCUUCCUCUGUGAGCACAUAUUUUAGAAGAACUCUAGAUAUUUUGCUCAGUAUUUGGGGGCAAGAAGGUGGUCCAUCUGGCAGCAUUUCACAGGGACUAAUGCUACUGCAUUUGAUUGAGUGGGUUAUGUCUAGUCUCUUGAACUUGCGUUCCUUGGAUAAAAUUGAUAUUGUAAAAGAGCUUUUGGAAAGUGUCAACCCAACUCAUUGUUCAUUUGUUGUAGUCAUGGCUGCAGCUGGACUACUGAGGGCUAUCAAUAGAUCUGGAUCAAGUGGUUUCAUGCAUCUUAAGAAUUCUGCUGAGGAACGUAUUGAGAUUGUGGCAAGAGAUUUUGUUUCUAUAACUAAAGGUUUUGACUAUAAUGGAAAUCACCCUAGAGUUAGUCUUCUUUCGCAGUGUAUAGCACUAGCUUUGGCUCGAAGUGGCUCAGUUUCCUACAGAUCUUCUGUUAUGGUGUCCCUUGCAUUGGCAUUGUUAACUGAAGUAUUCCCUUUGCCGUGCAUCUAUAAUAAGGUUCUUAAAUUUCCUGAAGAAAAUUGGACAUCAGUACUUGAUGAGAUAAAAAACCAUCUAAGUAGUGUUAUUUUCAAGGAAGCUGGAGCUAUAACUGGUGCUUUCUGCAAUCAGUAUGCAUCAGCCGAUGAAUGCAGUCAGAGUACAGUAGAGAAUCUCAUAUGGGAUUACUGUCAGGAAGUUUACUUGUGGCAUCGACAGGCAAAGGCGACGCUUGUUGGCAGGGGAGAUAAACUAAUCAGGGAGACUGAGAAAAUUGCUGAAUCUGCUUUCCUUAUGGUUGUGGUUUUUGCACUAGGAGUAACAAAGCACAGGCUAGACACAAGAACAAACCUUGAAACUCAAUUAGAAGUCUCAGUAAGAAUAUUGGUUUCAUUCUCUUAUAUGGAAUAUUUCCGUCGGAUGCGGUUACCUGAGUAUAUGGAUACAAUUAGAGCUGUUAUUGUAAGCGUCCAGGAGCAUGGAUCAGCUUGCAUCGCAUUUGUAGAAUCCAUUCCUUCCUACAAUGAUUUGAUCAAUCACAACGGUCCUUUGCACUUGCAAAAAGUGGAGUACAUGUGGUCCGCUGAUGAGGUGCAGACUGCUCGCAUCAUAUUUUAUAUGCGUGUUAUUCCUACUUGUAUUGAUCGGUUACCAGCCUCUGUAUUUAGGAAAGUGGUGGCUCCCACUAUGUUCCUAUAUAUGGGACAUCCCAAUGGAAAAGUUGCCAGAUAUUCACAUUCAGUGUUUGUAGCUCUUGUAUCUUCUGGGAAAGAUCCUAGUCAGGAUGAAAGAGUUCUACUGAAAGAACAACUUGUAUUUUAUUACUUACAGAGAUCGUUAGAGGGAUAUCCUGGGAUUACACCAUUCGAGGGAGUGGCUUCUGGAGUUGCUGCAAUUGUUAGGCAUCUUCCUGCUGGAAGUCCAGCUAUAUUCUAUUGCAUUCAUAGUCUUGUUGAAAAAGCUACUAGCCUCAGCAACAGUGUCAGUAGUCAUGACAGUGAUCUAUGGAAGAACUGGGAAGGAGAGUUGGAGCCUUCUAAGAAAGUUCUGGAUCUGCUUUUGCGGCUACUUGCCUUAGUUGAUAUACAGGUUCUACCAAUUUUGAUGAAGUUAUUGGCCCAGUUGAUUGUCCGACUACCACUGAGUGGCCGAGACAUGCUCCUGAAUCAAUUGUAUCAACAGAUUGCAGACUCUGACGAUGUUAUACGGAAGCCGGCUUUGGUUUCAUGGCUGCAGUCUUUGUUGUACCUUUCUUCUCAAGAUACUGACAAGAGAAAACCUGAAUUGGUUGUUGAAACGGCAUCGCCUGAGAUUACAGGCUCAAUAAGCUUGAACAGAAUUAACGCACGCCUGUAAACAUCACCACGGGAUUGAGAAAAGUUCUGCCCUCUAGUUUCUGCAAGCACAAUCUGGAUUUGAACUUGCAACCAAAUUUCAGAAGGAAAAAUCAAAUUACCCAGUUUGUACCAUCAACAACAUUUAUUUUUAACGGAGAGCGAGCCUAUUGUGGUACAAUAGCAACACAUAUACAACAUGAAGAAGAAGAUUGUUUACUCUAAUAUCCGAAGCAUGGAAUUUAAAUUUUGCAUCAGGUUGUUUUUCUCAAGGGAAUGGCAACAAGUGAUUCAGCUUUGCGGAGAGUAACACCAAAUUUCUCCGUCAUGUCCAUGUCUUAAGGUGCCAUCCCAUUCCUCUGCUUCCAAUCAAACGUCUUAAUGAGGUUAACAACAAUCAGGGCCAUCAUUCUCAAAUCAAGAUUCAUUCCAGGGCAUAUACGUCAUCCAGCAUUAAAUGGUGUAAACCUGAAAUCAUUGCCCUUGAAAUCAAUGUCCACAUUUAGAAACCUUUCCGGCAUGAAGCAUGUUGGCUUCUCCCAGUAUGAAGCAUCCUUGGAAAUCGACCAGGCUUUCACCCAAAUUCGAGUGUGUUCUGGAUGGUGUAUCCCUAAAACUCUAUAUCUUGCUCGGCUCGAUGGGGCAGGAGGAGUGGCGAUGUCUGGUGCAUCCUCAUUGUUUCUUUUAUCACUGCAGUUAAAUAUGGAAGUCGAAUGAUAUCUGGUUCUUGAACUAUUCCUCCAGGUGUGAUUAUCUCGGAGAGUUCUUGUUUUGCCUUGGAGAGAAUGGUUGGAUUGUGAAGGAGCUCUGCCAUAACCUAUUCCACCGUUGAGGUGCUGGUCUCUGUGCCUGCUAUGGAUAUUUCAUAGAUUUAUCAUACACAAGCUCGUUAGGAUGGUUGUGUUUUUGCAAUAAUUUAAGAUAGCUAAAUUACUAGAGUUAAUUACAACAGUUUUUUACUAAAACUUACUACUAGAGUUAUAACUUUGAAAUUUAUGUUUCUCCGCUGCGAAUGUUUAAGCUCAUAUUUUGGGGUUUUCCUACUUAAUUAUUAGUAUUGCUGAGUUUGGGUC